AUGAGCGACAUCGAUCCAAAGCUGCUGCAACAACUGGACGACUCCUCCAGACAAGAAGUGGCCGAGUUCAUCCAGCAGGAGACGUCCAAGAUGAAGAUCCAGACGUCUGUGACCGGGUUCACCGACAAGUGUUUCAAGAAGUGUGUUCCAACGAUCGACAACGGCCAGUUGAGCAGCUACGAAACCAGCUGUAUGAACGACUGUUUGAACCGGUUUUUGGACACCAACAUCAAGAUUGUGGAAAUAAUCUACGACAAGCGCAAGUCGGCCGCGCUGGAGCUCGAACGCGUCGUGCGCGACUCGCUCAGCACGGGCGACACAGACAAGAUUGUUAACAUCAUUAAGCAGCUGCGCAACGACUACGCCUACGCCGUUCAUCAGCCCAACGCCCGGUACGGAGGCCUGAUCGGGCUCGCGGCUGUGGCCAUCGCGCUCGGCCAGAACGAGGUGCCCAAGUACCUCGAGAGCAUCAUGCACCCGGUGUUGGCCUGUUUUGGAGACCAGGACUCCAUGGUGCGGUAUUUCGCGUGCGAGGCCCUCUACAACAUCGCCAAGGUUUCCAAGGGAGAGAUUCUGGUGUACUUCAACGAGAUUUUCGACGUGCUCUGUCGUUUGGUCGCAGACGUAGAAAUGAGCGUGAAGAACGCAGCAGAUAUUCUCGACCGACUCAUCAAGGACAUUGCCAGCGAAAAGGCAGCCACAUACAUCUCGAUCCUGGCCAAACCCGUUGAUCCGCCUCCCGCAAAGGUGGUCGACCAAAAGGGCAAGACGCUACAAGUAUACGAGCCACAAUUGCCCAAGGCCUUCUCUCUGGCGAAAUUCAUCCCGUUGCUCAAAGAACGCAUGUACGCAUCCAAUCCGUACACGCGAAUGUUUCUGGUCUCGUGGCUGCGACUGCUGGACUCGAUCCCGGGUCUCGAUCUGAUCUCGUACCUGCCCUCGUUCCUGGACGCCUUGCUCAGUUAUCUGAGUGCCAACCUGGAAGACGUGCGUGUGGUCACCGAGAACUUCCUCAAACUGUUGCUCCACGAGAUUAGGAAACUGUCUGAAAUCCAGAAAAUGGUGGCCGAAGAACAGCAGGACUCCUCGGUUGAGAAAGACCUGUACAUCCCCGGCCAGGACGUGGUGAUCGACUACCCCAAGAUCAUCGACCUGCUCAUCGCAUCUGUGGACUCGUCCGAGGAGCUGAUCCAGCUCGUGGCGAUGCAAUGGCUCGUGUCGCUGCUGGAGAUUGCGCCCGAGUCUUUCAUUGUGUUCAUGGCCAAACUUCUGUCUGUUUUGCUGGCCACGAUCUCGCAUUCCAACAGACAGCUGAGCGAAAUCGCCGUCACGCUCAAUGCCAACCUCAUGGACCUUGCCGCCUCCCAUCACGCCGACAUCAACUACACAUUGAUUAUGAACCAGCUUACGUUGCAGUUUCUGAACGAGAAAGAAAGCACGCGACUGGCUUCGCUGGACUGGCUCAUCAUGUUGCACGAGAAAAACCCAACAAAGUUCCUGGAACACUCGGACAACACCUUCGUCACGCUGCUCAAGGCGAUGAACGACCAGUCGGACAAGGUCAUCGACAAGGACCUGGAACUACUGUCUAAGAUUUCCAACCAGACAGACGACAAGUACUUCCAGUCGUUCAUGGUUGACUUGCUAAACCUGUUCAAACGGGACCGCAAGCUGCUCGAUACACGCGCAGAUUUCAUCAUCAGGACCGUCUGCAAGUCUCUGGAUGCCGAACGGAUCUACAAGUCACUGUCCAACGUUCUUGCCGAAGAAGAAACAAACCUUAAUUUCUUAUCCAUUAUGAUACAGAUUCUCAACAACAAUCUCAUAAUUGCUCCCGAGUUGGCUGAUCUGCGUCAGAAACUGAUCAGAGGAGAAGAUUUUGAGCUGUUCAAGACGCUGUUCAAGUGCUGGUCGCUCAACUCGGCCUCGGUGCUGUGUCUGACUCUAUUGACCUCAAACUACAACCUCAGCUACAAGAUAGUUCUGGACCUAGCCAACUACGAGGUAUCGCUGAACCUGCUCAUCCAACUGGACUUGCUGAUCCAGUUGCUAGAGUCCCCCGUGUUUGCCAGACUGCGUCUCGACCUACUCAACCCGCAGAAGAACAUGUAUCUAUUCAAGUGUCUUUAUGGUUUAUUGAUGCUGCUUCCGCAGUCCAACUCGUUCCACACGCUCCAAAACCGACUCAACUCGAUCACGCCAAUUGUGCAUCUGCAGUUCGAGAACGUCCACGACGAAAAGCCGUCGCACAACGACACCGAACUGCUGGGGUAUUUCGAUAGCUCCCAAAAACGGCUAAACCACAUGAAAAACAGCCAGUUUUACGAGUUCCAUCCGAGCACAAACACAAACUCCAAGAUCAAGGACCUUGUCCUGGACAUUUCCAACGUCAACAUCGACAAUAGCUCGUCGACCCUGGCUCCGAAAAAACUCGACUAUAUCACCAAGUUUUCGGGAAAGCUGAAACACAAUAAAUAA